GCUGCAUCUCCACUUGUAGACAGAAGACUCUAGAUACCCAAAUCAACAAGCAGGCAAAGAAACCCGGAUUGCUCUGGUUGGGAACGCUAGACCUGGUAAGAGCUUGACGAUGUCCCAAAACCCAAACAUGACUGAGACACGGAUUGUGCUGCUGGGGAAGACUGGUGCUGGGAAGAGUGCAGCAGGAAACACCAUCCUGGGGAAAAGAGUAUUCAAAUCACAAUUACAUUCCAACUCUGUGACUAAAGAUUGUGAUAAGAAAAGAGAGAUGGUGUGUGGGCAAAGUCUGGCUGUUAUCGACACCCCAGGGCUGUUUGACACCAAGUUUACACAGGAGGAAGCCAUAGAAAAGAUCACAAUGUGCAUCAACCUCUCUUCUCCUGGUCCCCAUGUGUUCCUGAUUGUGAUCAAGCUGGGAAGAUUCACUGAAGAGGAGCAGAAAACAGUGAAUAUGAUUCAGAAACUCUUCGGUGACGAAGCAUCAAAAUACACCAUGGUUCUCUUCACACAUGGAGACAAACUUCGGGAUGUAACAAUUGAAAAAUUUCUGUCUGAAAAUCCAAAUCUAGUAAGUUUAGUUGAGCAAUGCAAAGGGGGAUAUCAUGUCUUCAACAACAAAGAUAGAAAUCGCUCCCAGGUCACUGAGCUGCUUGAGAAAAUAAACUGUAUGGUGGAGAUGAAUGGAGGAAGCAAUUACACCACUGAGAUGUACCAGGAGGCUGAGAGAGCGAUUGAAGAGCAGAAGAACAGAAUCCUCAGAGAGAAUGAAGAGAAGAUACGCAGAAAGGAGGAGAAACUGAAAAAAACACUUGAAGGUGAGGCUUUGGAGAAAGCAAGAAUGGAGCUGAGGGAAAAACAUGAAAGAGAGGCUCGAGAGAAAGCUGAAAGAAUGAACACAGCUGGGCAUUAUCUCAUUGUUGCAGGUACCGUUGCUGCAAGUGGAGCUGCUAUUGGAGCUACUAUUGCAGGACCACUUGGUGCAGCAGUGGGUGCAAUAGUAGGAGGUGUAGCAGGAGCAAUAGAGGUGUUUUUAGAAACCAAUGUUUGCUGUAUACAAUAAAAAAGUAUUUCUUUGACCUGACUGCUAAGUAAUUCAACAAUAUAACUGUUUUUGCAUGUUUAUAAUCAUAUUAGUAUCCUAGCAAUAGUGAUGAUCGUGUUAUGGGUUAGAUAGAUCAUUCUAUGUGAAGUGGUAUUGGCCAGAGGGAAGUAAACAAAGGUCUGUCAAUAAGGUUGGGAUAGAUCAUCAAUUACUGUCUCAUAUUUUCAUAUUUUCUCAAUGUCUUUGUCAUUAUAUUCUCUUAAGAUGUUGUAUUUUAUAAGUUAUUAGAAUAAAAAGAAGUGUUCUCUCUGCAUAAGAAGAACAAUUAUGUGACUGACUCCCUGCCCUCAAGGCCUCUCGUGACUGAUAACAAGACCUGUGAGAUGCGUGGCGGACUAUCGGAAAACAAACACCACCUGCACAGCAACAGAGAUGUAUUGUUCAUCCUAAACACAGAAGGGGGGUCUGUGCUUCUGACUUCAUAUCUUGUCUUUGCAGCUGUGUAACCCAGUUGUAAUAUUCCUGUGUGUAGCUGGUGUACAGGAGCCAGCAGCAGGACAGCAGAAUUGAGAAAUAAACGUAUUUACUCAACAUAUA